UUCGUUCUGCCCAAUCGACUACCAGUCGUCAAAGCGUCUCUUGUACACUCUCACGUACUGUCUCUGCAUCGAGUCAAAGUCUUGUUUUCGCCCUUCACAUCCACAACUGUGAACUGUUUUUAUUACAAUUUGAAAGAACUCUCGUCCGCGUUUUGAGAGAUGGCACGUACAAAGCAGACUGCAAGAAAGUCAACUGGAGGUAAGGCACCUCGUAAACAGCUUGCCACCAAAGCAGCACGUAAGAGUGCCCCUUCAACCGGAGGAGUCAAGAAACCCCAUCGUUACAGGCCCGGUACAGUCGCCCUAAGAGAAAUUAGGCGUUACCAGAAGUCCACUGAGUUGCUGAUCCGUAAAUUGCCAUUUCAGAGAUUGGUUCGUGAAAUUGCACAGGAUUUCAAAACAGAUCUUCGUUUCCAAAGUGCUGCCAUUGGUGCUCUUCAGGAAGCAUCAGAGGCUUACUUAGUGGGUCUCUUUGAAGAUACCAACUUGUGUGCUAUCCAUGCUAAGCGUGUUACCAUUAUGCCGAAAGACAUCCAGUUGGCCAGACGAAUCCGUGGAGAGAGAGCAUAAAUCUUUCAACACCCUAAAAAAUCUCAUUUUUUUGUUAAAUUCUUUUUUUUCUUCUUUUCAAUUGGCAUCAGAGCAUUUUCACUGCCGUCUGGAUGUAACGUGUGAUGACAAGUAGUUCCAGACUGUUAACUUUUUUUAUAUAUAUUACUUAUUUUUUGUAAAUUCAUUUUUAAGUAAAAAAGAAACAAACACUGAAAUGUACCUUUUGUUUGCCUGGUGUCAGGUUAGACUGAAUGUUUUAGGUUUAGCCUGUUUCACAAAUUGUAAAACCAAUCAAAUUGAUAAGUAGAUUAAAAAAACUACAUUCAUCAUUAUUGUGUGUGUUAUUUUACAUUAUUUGUAAUUUUAUAUAAUUAUAUGUUCCAUAGAGAGACAUAAUUAGGUAUUCAUUUUUUGUUUAAUUUCUAUAUGAUUAAGAAUAAUUUAAAAUGCCGUAGGGUUUGGUGUCAACGGAUUCUAAAUAUUUGGAUUCAUUAUAAAGUUACAAAGCCUUGCAAUAAAUUUAUUUAAACAUUAUUUCCCAUAACUUAUAUAUAAACAUGUAGUGUAAUCAUUCAUUACUUAAUUUAAUAUUAAAACAAUAGGUAAU